UGGGGACACAGUCAGGAUGGGGCUCAGCGUGGCUCAGCACUGGGUAUGGGGUGUGGAUGUGGGCAUGGAACUGGGGCCACCAGCACAGUCUGGCAGCCGCUAAUGCUGAGCUUCCCCCUGAAGAAGCAGCACGCCCAGCUGAGCAUGGCUUCCGAACACCAGAUGCCGGCCUCCAAGCAGCAGCCCGCCAGCUCCAAGAUUGCGAUCUUCGAGCAGGAGAACUUCCAGGGCCGCUGCCAUGAGCUCAGUGGUGCCUGCCCCAACCUGAAGGAUGCUGGUGUGGACAAAGUGGGCUCCAUCCUCGUGCACUCCGGACCCUGGGUGGGCUACGAGCAGGCAAGCUGCAAGGGUGAGCAGUUUGUGUUUGAGAAGGGGGAGUACCCCCGCUGGGACUCCUGGACCAACAGCCGGAGAAGCGACAGCAUCACCUCCCUGAGACCCAUCAAAGUGGACAGUCAGGAGCACAAGAUUGUGCUGUAUGAGAACCCCAGCUUCACCGGCAAGAAAAUUGAGAUCAUUGACGAUGAUGUGCCCAGCUUCCAUGCGCACGGCUACCAGGAGAAGGUCUCCUCCGUGCGGGUGCAGAGUGGCACGUGGGUGGGCUAUCAGUACCCUGGCUACCGAGGCUACCAGUACCUCUUUGAGAAGGGCGACUACAAAGACAGCUCCGAGUUUGGCGCCCAGCACCCCCAGAUCCAGUCGGUGCGGCGCAUUCGGGACAUGCAGUGGCACCAGCGCGGCGCUUACCACCCCUCCAACUGA